GCAUUCUGGUGGUGCCAUGCGCGCAUGGAGAGGUUUUAGUCGCGCGUUACAUCAAACUGAGCCAUUUGAAUCACAGUGCGCGCACGCGGAGGAACCGACGGUCAUCCACUUGAACGAGCACGAUACGAUGAGAUCAUUUUAAACGGUCAAGUUUGUCACCAGGACAAGUAAAGGAUACAUUUUUACUCAUUAUCUGAGGAGUUUACGAUGUCGGGAUCUUUCUGUAGAAGUUUAUACGCCUUUAACGGAGAUCACGAGCAGGGCUUGAAGUUUGAAGCUGGUGAACUGAUCAAAAUAAUACAAGCUUUGGAAGGAGGAUGGUGGGAAGGCGAGAAGGACGGAGUACGAGGAUGGUUUCCAUCAACAUACGUACAAGUGGUCGAGAAAAUAGGCUCAAUGUGUCCUCUUGAUGAGCCGCUGCCCAGAGACUGGAAAUGCUACAUGUCUCCGCAGGGACGGAGAUACUACGUCAACACCGUCAGCAAUGAAACAACUUGGGAGAAGCCAUCCAGUGUUCCUGGCACCCCCAAAACUCCAUUAAAACACAAAAAUUCCCUACCUACAGUGAAUGGAUUUCAUGGCAAUGGUAGCCCGUUGCAUCAGACCGAACAGUCACGUGUGGUAAUGCGAAAGUCAAGCGCAGAACAACAGAGUCCUGUGUCUACAUCACCCACCAGGAAGCUGGAGCGGGAAACCACAAUAACAAUCAACAGUGUGACGUUCCCUCUUCCACUGCACAUGUCUGAACAGCAGCUGCUAAAACCAGAUGAGUGGAGCUACUGUGAUUAUUUUUGGGCAGACAAAAAGGACCCACAGGGAAACGCCACCAUGUCAGGAUUUGAGGUUUUAGUGCAAAAACAACUGAAGGGAAAACAGAUGCAGAAAGAGAUGGCUGACUUUGUGCGGGAGAGAAUCAAGAUCGAGGAGGAGUAUGCCAAGAAUCUAUCAAAGCUCUCUCAGAUCCCACUCGCUGCACAGGAGGAAGGCACACUUGGAGAAGCUUGGGCCCAGCUAAAGAAAAGCCUGGCGGAUGAAGCAGAAGUUCAUCUCAAGUUCUCCUCCAAGCUUCAGAGCGAGGUGGAAAAGCCUCUCUUGACAUUUCGGGAAAACUUUAAAAAAGACAUGAAAAAGGUUGACCACCAAAUGGCCGACGUCAGGAAGCAGCUAGCCGGUCGAUACUCAGCUGUAGAGAAGGCGCGCAAAGCGCUCGCAGAUCGGCAGAAAGACCUAGAGUUCAAAACCCAGCAGCUGGAGAUGAAACUGAGCUCCAAGAUCGAGGAGGACAUAAAGAAAGCUCGCAGGAAAUCCACACAGGCAGGAGAUGACCUGAUGCGAUGCGUUGAUCUCUAUAAUCAGUCCCAGUCCAAGUGGUUUGAAGAGAUGGUCACCACAAGUCUGGAGCUUGAGAGGUUGGAGGUGGAGCGUGUAGAGAUGAUCAGACAACACCUGCGUCAAUAUACGACGUUACGGCACGAGACAGACAUGUUUAAGCAAAGCACUGUCGAGCCGGUGGACAAACUGCUUCAGAAUGUCGACCCUGCCAGGGACCGAGAGCUGUGGGUGAAGGAACACAAGACGGGAGAGGUGAGACCGGUGGACAUGGAGAUUUAAACCAGUGCAGCCUCUCCAGGGUCUUCAAUCAUCCAGGGGACAUUGGUCUAAAAUGCCAUGGAAGACAUGGCGUUUUUAAAGGAGAAACUGUAAAACAGCUUGCUGGACUAAGAGAAAGAGCGCCCUCUGUCAAUUGAUUGUUGCAACCUGGAGCUGAGAUUUCGCUUUCCAAAGGAACCUCUGCAGGGUGGAUGCCAUGAUCUUCCCACAAAUUUGACCAAGUGAAACUUUUAAAAGGAGAAUAAAGAGAAUGUGUAAAUAUCUACCGAACUUUGACUCAGGAGAACAGAUGCUAUGUAAUAAUCCAUAAAGUCGUUAUCUACUGUUGCAAUCAAAUCAUUAGUAUUUAAUCUUGCUCAUAUCUUGAUUGUCAAGCAUAGUGAGUUUAUAAUGCUAUUUAAAUUUGUACUAAUAUAUAAAUGCUGCUGUUGUAAAAUGCAUACAGAUAUUACAGCUGUUUGAAAGCAAUGAACUUGACAUGGCUUAUGGAUUUGUCCUAGGUUCACCCUUUAGUAUGCAAAAUUAUGCAGGUACAUGAUAUGCAGUCCCAACAUCAAUAACUUAUUAUUACUGAGACAAAAUUGAAUUAAAAAAGGUAUUCAGAGACCGACUGGUAUUAUAUGAGUUAUCAGUGACCUGCUCUUCCGAGGACGAAAGAAAGCUAAAAAUUUGUUAGGGGCUCGUCAUGUCAAAAUAUGUAUUCGGUGAGUCAUGUGGAUUGCUUGUCAUGUCAAAAUAUGUGUUCAGUGCAUCAUGUGUGUUACUCGUCAUGUCAAAAUAUGUGUUCGGUGCGUCAUGUGUGUGACUCAUGUCAAAAUAUGUGUUCGGUGUGUCGUGUGUCACUGUGUGUUGCUUGUCAUGUCAAAAUAUGUGUUUGGUGCGUCACGUGUGACUCAUCAUGUCAAAAUAUGUGUUCGGUGCGUCGUGUGUAUCUGUGUGUUGCUUGUCAUGUCAAAAUAUGUGUUUGGUGCGUCACGUGUGACUCAUCAUUUCAAAAUAUGUGUUUGGUGCGUCACGUGUGACUCAUCAUGUCAAAAUAUGUGUUUGGUGCGUCACGUGUGACUCAUCAUGUCAAAAUAUGUGUUUGGUGCAUCACGUGUGACUCAUCAUGUCAAAAUAUGUGUUCAGUGCGUCGUGUGUGACUCAUCAUGUCAAAAUGUGUGUCCGGUGCGUCAUGUAUGUUGCUUGUCAUGUCAAAAUUUGUGUUCCAUGCUUCGUGUGUUUGGGGUGUCAUGACUCAUCAUGUCAAAAUAUGUGUUCGGGGUGUCGUGUGUGGCUCGUAAUGUCAAAAUAUGUGUUCAGUACAUCAUGGAAACAUAUGUGCAUCGCGUGUCAUGUCAAAAUACAUGUCUGCCACAUAUGCAUCGAAAGGGUUUAUAAUAAAAUCACAUAUUUUGACAUGACGAUCCACAUACAAGACGUUUUGACGAGUUUCACGUUCGUGCCUCCUAGGAAAAGAAGUUACGAGCUGCCACUGUGAAUUAUACAAGUAUUGAUUAUUUGUUAAUAACUUUACAGAUGCUCAUAGUCAAUGGUAUGCUCACACAACAGCAAAAUACAAUUUUCAGUCCUUUAACAUCUGCCUCAAAUAGUUCAGAAUAAAUAUAAAGUCUUACCUUGUAAUAGAGACAUGAAACAUGAAAACCUAGCUAAUGUAAUUUUUGUGAUUUACAUAAUGUAAAGAAUUUUCUGUGAAAAUACCUUGAUAUCUUUAAUAUUGACUGAUGAGUGAGGUGAUAGAGGUCAAAGAUUGAAAUCAAUGUAAAAUGUAUGAGUAAAGUCAAAAAUUUGAUGCUCCUUAAAUCAUCAUUAACCUGGAUUUCACAUCAUUUAAGAGUCACACCUAUUAGCAAACAUGGUAUCAAUCCCAAAAUCUGACUGAACCAUUUUUGUCUCAAGCAGAAAUGUCCCACACUACACUGUAAUGGACUCAGGGGUUAAAUCACAUAAUUAUGGUCUAUUAACAAAAGGAUGUUAUUUUCUGUUCAUUAAUCUACGGUAGGCUAGUUUCAAACAAUCAUUGUAAUUAUUUAACUUCAGUAGUUUCCCCUAAAGAAUAUUUACUGAACACUUCUAAACCAUCAUUACAAACUGUGUAGGUAAAGGAGGUAAAAGAGGUACAGAUAAUAAAAAUUAUUUUGCACAGUGCUUAUUUUUGUACCAAAACAAUAACACGUUUUUUAAAUAGUCUUCAAGACAUUUUAACUGGAUUUCAUUUUUUAUUAGAAGCUUUUUAUACAAUAACUAUAAUUUGCCAAACAGCCAUUUUAUGUAUUUGAACUAAUUCCCUAUUUCUGAGGUACAGUGCCCUCCAUAGAUACCAAUAAAGGCAAAAAUGCUCUGUUUGCUGUUAGGACAAGAUGACUAUGAGGCAAAAUUUUAUUAACAUUUGAUUAUUUUUCACAAACAUGCCUUUCCAACAAAGAACAACAAGCUUGCAUCCUGACAUAUGUCAGUACUUAUGGAGGGCGCUGUAUAUGUUCAUGCUUAAAUGUGCAAUGUGCAAAUAUUUCUUACUCUGUAUUAUGUAACGAUGCAAAUGAAGAAUAACAUCCAUUUAAUGUGCUUUCUGUAAUACAAAUGACAUUAAAUGUAAUGUUCAAUUACAGUAAAUAGGAUCUAUUGUUUGCACUGUUUAUAUUGUUCAUCUGUUGGUAUUUCAAUAAAUACAAAACUAAUGCAAA